CGGGUAGCCCACUUAGCAGGUGCAUUAGACAGUAGAGCUGAUUCUUCCAUUCGUGUAAAUCUGCAAAAUCAAUGGCACCAGCAGCAGCUGCUGAUAUCGAAGAUGAGAUCAAAGACGAAAAGAACCCACCUCCUCUUGAUGAAGAUGAUAUUGCUCUUCUCAAAACUUAUGGUUUGGGACCUUAUUCAACAAGCAUAAAGAAAGUUGAAAAGGAACUCAAGGAAAUGUCAAAAAAGAUAAAUGAUUUGUGCGGUAUUAAGGAGUCUGACACUGGGUUAGCUGCACCAAGUCAAUGGGAUCUUGUUUCUGAUAAACAGAUGAUGCAGGAGGAGCAACCUCUUCAGGUAGCAAGGUGUACGAAGAUAAUUAGUCCCAAUACAGAAGAUGCAAAAUAUGUGAUAAAUGUCAAGCAAAUAGCAAAGUUUGUAGUUGGAUUGGGAGACAAAGUUUCUCCAACUGAUAUAGAAGAAGGCAUGCGAGUCGGAGUUGACAGGAAUAAAUAUCAAAUCCAGAUUCCGUUGCCUCCCAAAAUUGAUCCAAGCGUUACCAUGAUGACAGUUGAGGAAAAACCUGAUGUGACAUAUAAUGACGUUGGUGGAUGCAAGGAGCAAAUUGAAAGAAUGAGAGAGGUUGUUGAGCUUCCCAUGCUUCACCCUGAAAAGUUUGUGAAACUUGGAAUUGAUCCCCCGAAGGGUGUUCUCUGCUAUGGUCCUCCUGGUACUGGGAAAACACUGCUUGCCAGAGCAGUGGCUAAUCGAACAGAUGCAUGUUUCAUUCGUGUUAUUGGUAGUGAGCUGGUUCAGAAAUAUGUUGGCGAGGGGGCUAGGAUGGUGCGUGAACUGUUCCAGAUGGCACGCUCCAAGAAGGCAUGCAUUGUGUUUUUCGAUGAAGUGGAUGCCAUUGGAGGUGCACGAUUUGAUGAUGGUGCAGGCGGGGACAAUGAGGUUCAGCGAACUAUGCUUGAAAUUGUGAACCAACUUGAUGGAUUCGAUGCUCGAGGGAAUAUUAAAGUUCUCAUGGCAACCAAUAGACCUGAUACACUUGAUCCUGCAUUAUUACGUCCUGGGAGACUGGAUCGCAAAGUUGAGUUUGGUCUGCCUGAUCUAGAGAGUAGGACCCAGAUAUUUAAGAUUCAUACACGGACGAUGAACUGUGAGCGUGAUAUUCGGUUUGAACUUUUGGCUCGUCUUUGUCCAAACUCUACAGGAGCUGACAUCAGGAGUGUGUGCACGGAGGCUGGAAUGUAUGCUAUUCGAGCAAGAAGGAAGACUGUUACAGAGAAAGACUUUUUAGAUGCUGUCAACAAAGUUAUCAAAGGGUAUCAGAAAUUCAGUGCAACGCCGAAGUACAUGGUCUACAAUUGAUUGUGCUACUUUAAACUUCCUUGACGAAGGAGGCCUGGGCAGUGACAGGAAUGGAGUGACAUUGUUGGAUAGUCGAUAAUUCUUCUUCCCUGUAUUGAAUCUUAGGAAUAUUUGUGUAGCUUCACUUAAAUUUGUACACAUGAGUUAUGUUACGUUUAUAUUAAAUAGAUGUUGGAUA